AUGCCCAGCCCCGUCCGCCGCCCUCCCGGUGCCGCCGGGCCGCCCGGUUUAACCGCGUUACCGGCGGACGGUUCGGCGCUGCUGCGAGCCGUGGCACAGGGCAAGUUUCGCCUCACCCGGCUCUUGCUGGAAGGGGGGGCCUACAUCAACGAGGGCAACGCCGCCGGGCAGACGCCGUUGAUGGCCGCGUGCCGGGCCGGCUACGCCGACCCGCCGGAGCAGCCCCGGAUGGUUCGGUACCUCCUGGAAAACGGCGCCGAUCCCAACAUCCCCGAUAAAACGGGCAAGACGGCGUUGAUGCACGCCUGCGCCGAACGCGCCGGCCCGGCGGUAGCCGCCGUUUUGUUGGCCCACGGCGCCGAUCCCAGCGCCCGCGAUUACGCCGGAGCCUCCGCGCUGGUUUACGCCAUUACGGGGGACCGGGAGACGCUGCAGGUGCUGCUGGACGCCUGCAAGGCCCGAGGGAAGGAGGUGAUCAUCAUCACCACCGACACCUCACCCUCGGGUACCAAAACCACGCGGCAAUACCUAAACUCGCCGCCUUCGCCGGGGCUGGAGGAGAAACGCUCGCCGGCGCUCUGCAUGUCACCCUCCGACAUCGAGGUGCGGACGGCGGCUUCGCCCGCCGGCAGCGAGAAAGAAGAGGAGAGGGACAUCUUCUGCUUCCCGCCACCGCCGCCGGCACCGGUCACCGCCGUGCCGGAGCCGUCCCGCGCCCGGGGCCGGCCGCUGAAGCGCCUCAAUUCGGAGCCCUGGGGUUUGGUGGCCCCGGGGACAGAGGGGGCGCGGGGACCCCCGGAGCGGUUGGUGGUGGGGAUGGAGGGGCUGAGCCUCGGCGGGCGCCCGCGGCGGCACAGCGUGGAGGGCCGGGAGGCGGCGGAGCUGCCGGGGGCCGCCUGGGCCGAGCGGGUGCCCCCCGCUUGCCCGCAGCCGUUGGCACGUCGCAACACGGCCCCCGAAACGGCGCGGGUCAAACCGCCUCGCUGGGAACCCCCCGAAAUGGAGGGGCGCCCCUGGGCCGUCUCGCCGCCUCCCUCGCCGGGGCGAGGCCGGCGCUGCGCCGCGUCGGCCAUGCCGCUGCCGGCCGCCGAGUCCCCCCCGGGCACCCGCCGACGCCCGCCCGGUUUGCUGGAGCGUCGCGGCUCCGGCACCCUCUUGCUGGAGCCCUUGGCCCCGGGGAGGGCCGGCUUCUUGCCCCCCCUGCACGCCGGCCCACACCCCCCCGGCCCCCGCGGCCCCCCGGCCCCCGGCUCGCCCAAGGGACGCCGCAAGCUGCUGCGCCGGCACUCCAUGCAGACGGAGGAGAUGCGACAGUUGGCCAACUUCCAGAGCAGCGUGGCCCUGGAGCCGGGCAGUUAG